AUUUGGGGCUGGAGAUGUAGCUCAGUGGUAGAGCAGAUGCUUAACAUGUAUGAGGCCCUACAUUCAAUUGCUAACCAAAAGAGGGAAGGGAGAGAGAGAAAAGAAGAAAAAAAUGCAUGUGAUUGCCAAAGAGAUGAAAGGAGAUGGGAAGAAAUAUAAGGAGCUACAAAAAAGUAUAAAGAGGGUUUCUUUAUCUGUUAUAGUUUACUCCUUUUAUUUACAAAAGCAAGAACAUCUGAAACAAGUGAACAGAUAUUAACAUUUAUUAGUUCUGGAGCAUAAAUGAGUCCAUAUGUUUUCCCAUAUUUUCAUUUAUUCCAAGUUAAAAAUGCUGAGGAGAUGGGGAAUAUAGCUCAAUAGAGAGCACUUGGUAGACGUGACCAGAGGCCGAAGAUGGGAUCUGACAAGAUGGCUGGGCUCAUCAAGGAAACUCAGCGUUUGCUAGCAAAACCAGUUCCUGGCAUUAAAGCGGAACCAGAUGAGAGCAACACCCGUUAUUUUCAUGUGGUCAUUGCUGGCCCCCAGGAUUCCCCCUUUGAGGGAGGGACUUUUAAACUUGAACUAUUUCUUCCAGAAGAAUACCCAAUGGCAGCACCUAAAGUAUGUUUCAUGACCAAAAUUUACCAUCCUAAUGUAGACAAGUUGGGAAGAAUAUGUUUAGAUAUUUUGAAAGAUAAAUGGUCCCCAGCACUGCAGAUCUGCACAGUUCUGCUCUUGUUAAGUGCUCCUAAUCCAGACGACCCAUUAGCAAACGAUGUAGCAGAGCAGUGGAAGAUCAAUGAAGCCCAAGCCAUAGAAACAGCUAGAGCAUGGACUAAGCUGUAUGCCAUAAAUAAUAUUUAAGUCAAUCUGAUCAUCAAGUUUGUGUUACUUCUGUUCUGCCAAGACUUCUUCCUUUUUUGUUUACAUUUAAUGGACACGGUCUUAGAAACAUUACAGAAUAAAAGCCCAGACAUUUUCAGUCAUUUGGUGAUUUAAUGCACAUUAGAAAAUCUAUGUCUUGUCCUGAUUCACUGUUGUAAAGCAUGAGCAGAGGUUAAAAGUAUCAUCAGGAUUGUUGUGAAACGUUUAAAAGCAGUGGCCCUCUGGUUUUAUUAAUUUCCCUCAUCAUGGUUUAAGUAUAAAGCACUGUGAAUGUCAGGGUUAGCUGCAGGGGUAUGGGUAUUCUUUAUUUUAUUUUUUGAGGGGAAAAACUUUCAAAAUUUUAUGGGCUCCUUUUCCCCCCUUUUAUGGUGAUCUAAUUGCAUUGGUUAAAAAGCAGCUAACCAAUUCUCUAAAAUACGCUCUCUAGCCAAGUCUAACUUUAUUUAGACAAUAUAGAUGGACAAACUGAUUGUUUGAACCAAAAUGGGAACAUUAACAAACAUCACAGCCCUCACUAAUAACAUUGUGACUUUGUUGUCAAGUGUAGAUUCCCCCCUUCAAAAAAAGCUUGUGACCAUUUUGUAUGGCUUGUCUGGAAACUUCUGUAAAUCUUAUGUUUUAGUAAAAUAUUUUUUGUUAUUCUAAAAAAAAAA